CUUAUACAGUAUCUCUAUAUAAACAAUCAUGUAGUUCACUUAAGAAAGACACAACACAAACAUCAUAAACCACAUUAUUAAAAACAAUCAAGAAACAAUGAAGUUCAUUUCACUAUGUUUCCUAAUUUCUCUCUUAGUGUUAUUAUUCAACACACAACCACUACAAGGAGCUGAACCAGAACCAGUAGUAGACAAACAAGGUAACCCUCUUCAACGAGGUGAAGGUUACUAUGUCUUCCCACUUUGGGCUGACAAUGGAGGCAUUACAUUGAGUCCAACAAGAAACCGAACAUGUCCUCUCGACAUCAUUCGUAACCCGGCCGCACUCGGCUCGUCGGUAUACUUCACUGCACCAGGCCUUGAUUACAUUCCAACUCAAACUGAUCUGACCAUUGAGAUUCCAAUCCUGGGCAGUCCUUGCAAAGAGCCAAAAAUCUGGAAGCUUUCAAAGGAGGGGUCUGGAUUCUGGUUUGUGAGCACAGGUGGUGCGGCUGGGAAUCUUGUGAGUAAGUUCAAGAUUGAGAGGCUUGAAGGUGAACAUGCAUAUGAGAUUUAUAGCUUCAAGUUCUGUCCUUCUGUUCCUGGUACUCUUUGUGCUCCUGUUGGAACUUUUGAAGAUAGCGAUGGAACCAAAGUUAUGGCUGUUGGUGAUGGUAUUGAUGAACCUUAUUAUGUUAGGUUUCAGAAAGUUUCUACUUUUGGUCAAGAUUUGAGCAGUGUUUAGUUUGAUAAAAGGUUUUUGAUUUUGUGCUAGUAGUGGAGUGGGAUAUGAAUCAUAAUAAGGCACAGAAAAGAGUACAUGUCUUUGGUUUUAAGAUUUGCCACUUUCUUUUUCUUGUCAUAAGUGAAAUAAAAUUAUUCCAUUUUACUUAUAUAA